UUUAGCUAAAACAUUCAGAAAAACAACAACAGAUCACAGCGAAAAAAAGCGCCCCAUCUACAUCACAUCCGGUCGAUGGUGACUUUGGGCCUCCGUGCGCAUGUGUAGUUCUCUUUACGACUCGGUUGGCGAAGAUGGCGGACGCCCAGAACGAGAGGGCUUAUCAGAAGCAGCCCACCAUCUUCCAGAACAAGAAGCGUGUUCUGGUUCCAGAUGGCAAAGACGUGACCAAGGAGAAACUCAAGCGCUAUCACAGAAAUGUAGGCUUGGGCUUCAAGACUCCAAGAGAGGCUAUGGAAGGCACUUACAUUGACAAGAAAUGCCCCUUUACUGGAAAUGUGUCCAUCCGUGGUCGUAUUCUUUCAGGUGUUGUGACCAAGAUGAAGAUGCAGAAGACCAUUGUCAUCAGACGGGACUACCUGCAUUACAUCCGCAAGUACAACAGGUUUGAGAAGAGGCACAAGAACAUGUCUGUCCAUCUUUCCCCUUGCUUUAGGGAUGUUUCUCCGGGUGACAUUGUCACAGUUGGAGAGUGCAGACCCCUCAGCAAAACUGUGAGGUUCAACGUCCUGAAAGUCACCAAGGCAGCCGGUGCCAAGAAACAGUUCCAGAAGUUUUAAAUGGCAUUGUCAAGAAACCUUAUGGGUUGUAUUCUGAGCGAGAAAUAAAACAUCUGUUGUCUACAAA